GUAUGCUGAGUGUCAGCUGAGGUUAAGCACACCUCAUAUACUGAUAGUGUGAACUAAACUUGCACCGGGAAACAAACCUUAACAAACCUGUAAAACCACACAACUCUUCUCUCGGGUCUUCACUUCAACUCCAUCUUUCUAAAUAUGACGAUGAAGCUAAUGCUGCUGCUCCUUAGCUGUCACAUUGCUUCUGCAGUGAAACACUCACUGGUGUAUUUUAUUACUGAAUCCUCUGAAGUCCGAAACAUCCCAGAGUUUAUGGCAGUUGCAGAGGUUAAACACACUGAGUUUGGUUACUGUGACAGCAGCAAAAAGAUAUUGGAAACAAGACAAGACUGGGUCCAAAAAACAUUAUAUAAUGACAAGGCUCAGUUGGAUUCGUACAAUGAACUUUGCUUUGCGAUACUGCCAUACGUCUUCAGAAAGUGGAUUUCAAAGUGGCAGCAGCUGGCCAGCCAAAGUGAAGCUGUCAACACUUUACAGAUGAUAGAAGGCUGUGAAUGGGAUGAAAACACUGGAGAGGUGAAUGGUGUGAUACAGUAUGGUUAUAAUGCAGAGAACCUUCUUGAAUUUGAUCUUAAAACAAUGAAAUGGAUUGCACUGAAACCAGAAGCUGACAUUAUCGAACAGGACUGGAAUGCUAAUGGAAACUCAGCAGAAACAAUCUUCCUCACUGAGACUUGUCCUGAUUGGCUGAAGAAAUAUUUGAAAAAUGGGAACAGCACCCUGCUGAGAAAAGUUUUUCCUUCUAUUUCUCUCCUCCGGAAGUCUUCCUCCUCCCCAGUCAGCUGCCACGCUACAGGUUUCUACCCUCAAAGGGCCAUGAUGUUCUGGAGGAAAGAUGGAGUGGAGAUCCAUGAAGGUGUGGAUCCUGGAGAGAUCCUGCCCAACAAUGAUGGGACCUUCCAGAUGAGUGUUGGCCUGAAUGUUUCAUCAGUCACACCUGAGGAGUGGAAAAGAUAUGAGUGUGUGUUUCAGUUUUCUAACGCUGAGGACAGCAUCAUUACCAACCUGAAUAAAACCGUCAACUGGCGAAAAAACAAAAUUAGACAUGAUCAAAAAAUCCUCAUCAUUGCUGCAGCGGUUGUUCUUGUUGUCAUCAUUGUUGCUGUCACUGUAAUUGCCAUUCACAAAAUGAAAGAAGGCAGAUGCCCUUCCUCUUCUCCUCACAACACGAUAGAACUCUCCGAAAGACCACACAGACAGACAGAGGAGUCUACACAGUGUUGACACCUGCAGUUAACACUGAACAAACAAGAACUGAGAAGAUUUUCUAUUUCAGUUUUGUUUUAUGUAAACAUGACUUUUUACACAAAAUCUUUUUUUUUCCUUUGUUAUUGUUUUAAAUUCAAGUUAACUUGUAAUAACUCAGGUAAAAUGCAUUUUAAUAUUUUAUAUUUCCUACAGCAUUGCUAUAGCUAUUAAUGAUAUAAUGUAUAUAUAAUUUGUAUGGUGUAUUUAUCCUGAUGAUUAGGUGGUGGGGGAGAAUGCUGGACAGACGUGUUCCUUGGUGGGGGUGUCGUUGAUUGAGGAAAAAUGAGUAGACACAUGAAUAUGUUCCUUCACACCGUUUUUUAAGAAUCUUUUUUAUUUUGUAGGUUAUUUUGAAUGUGUUAAAAUAACAUUCGGUAAAAUAAUGUAAAGAAGAAUGAGAUUCCUCAGCCCUGAUGCAGUCAGAAAUUAAGUAAAAGGCCUGAAAUCCAGCCUUUGGGGGUAUAUGUAGAGUUAUAUGUAAAUGUUUUUGCUGAUAGUUAUUUCUGCUCUAAUCACAUCAGAAACGUAAUCAAAAUAUAAUCAAGAAUUAAUAAAGUCUUAGUGUACUAUGAUAAGGUGGGUCAUCAAUACCAAAUGAGACAAAAACACUAUCAGGUAUCUCAGCCAGGGUUGCCCUCAUGGUCGCUAAGACAACAAGUUAUUGGGUAAAGGAUGAAAGAAUAGAGAAAACACAUAGUACACGUGUAACAGAGUAGUAGCUGUACCUCUAAGCUUGGGUACUCACUUUUGGGAAGUUCCGCUGUAGCUAACUGUUGUUUUCUGAACAGAAGAGAUCCAUGUACACAAUACUUUUUAAUUAUUCAAUGCUUUAAUAAAUAAUAAUCUCAAUAAAGUGUCUAAACUGGUAACACAUGUCACUACAAGGGAUUGGUUUGAUAACAAAAUUGGAUUCCUGAGAUUUGAUCUGCUCACUCUACACACCUUGGAUUUCGACUUACAAUAGGUGUUUAGCGACAGUUUAGAUUUAGCUCUUCUACAUUUUUAAAAUUUUUACUUUUCUUUAAAUUUUGAAAUUAUUUGAUUAUGUGAUUAUUGUUAGCUGAUUGAGCUCUUUGGUUUGCGCUUGCUAAAUUGUUUAAUACAGUAUCCUAUCUGCAAUUAAAGUUUUAGGAUUCUUAAAACUUAAGUAUGAGUAUUAAUAUCUACUUUUGUAAGAUUCUUAUAGGUUAUUCUUGCCUUUCACAAUUAACAGAUUCCUGUGGCUUAUUUUUCAAGGCACUUAAGUAAAUCCCAACAAAUUUCCAAGUGCCAUAGAUCAUUAGGGGGGAGCUACAAUUAAUAAAUGUGGCUGUUGAUGGCACCUUACUCAGGGUUGCUAGUGUAGGGCAUCAUCUAGUGGACUGCGGGGUGGGCAUUCAUGUGGCAAUAGAGCUGGGUGAAUCCCUCCAUCACCAGCUUAAAUUAGUUUCUGUUAACCUACUGUGGCAAUACCCCUAGGGUCAGAGAUUCAGACCCUUUCAAUUGAGAGCCGGUCCAGACUUCUGUACAGGUAACUGGGAUCUUAAUAAUGCCCAAUAGUCAAGCAAUUAAAGUAGCAUUAUUGAGUACAGAGACUGAAAGAUCACCCUACCGAUACAUACACCUGGACAAGAAGCAAACUGGUAACAGAGCUCCUUUUACAUUACAUUUUUUAAAUUCAUACAUUCCCUCCCUUUAUUAUGCAGACUCAACACAGAACAUGUUGUACUCCAAGAGUGAUCCCAAGAGUGGAGAAUAAUUUCAAGGCUGUUACAUCACUAUAAUGGGAGGCAUCCUGUUUAAGCAUGUUUACAGGGAUAUGAAUCCUUUAAAAUGCUACUAUUCAUGUAAAUAUGUUCUGUUUCAAAUGCCCAGUAAUAUUUUUAAUUGUGCUCCCAGAAACCACACAAAGCACCCAUGAAAUAUGCAAAAUUAUUUUGUGAAAAAUAAUCAUUUUUUCCAGCUAACUUUGUUCUGCCCAUUUGCUACAUGGAUCUCCCUGCUCUUGUACAAUCUCUGUCCUCCCUCUCUCGAUCCUCCAUCCUCCUUCUUUACACUAACAUAAAACCCAUUGUAUUCAACUAGACUAUAACAUAAAAAUAUAAUCUUAUAAUAAUUAUUAUUGAGCAGUUUAGGCGUCCAUAUUUGAUAGUAUGACACACUGCUGAUUUAUGUGAAAUCAUUAUCACUGAAUCUGGGCAAAUCGCAAGAUAUAUGUGAUAUGUUGUGAAUAGUUGCCUGAUGUCCCGUACAACCCUAUUUCCAAGAAAGUUGGGUCACUGAAUAAAAUGUAAAUACUAUAGAAUAAAAGAAUGCACUGAUUUGAUAAAAAAAAUUGAUAAAACCCUAUUUUUUAACAGUAGAACAAA